CAACGCGAACAACAGCCGUGGGAAGAUGGCGUCCUGCGGUGGCACGAGUUUUCAGCGGAAGGUGCGGAGCCAACGGGUGUCUGGGACCCGGCCAUCGCUGCGGAAUGGGCAGCUGCUAUUGUCUACUGGGGUGCCGUCUCUCGAUUACAUUAUAGGAGGAGGUCUGGCAGUUGGAACUCUUCUUCUUAUUGAGGAGGAUAGCUAUGAAAGUUACUCACGGAUGUUGCUGAAGUAUUUCUUAGCAGAAGGCGUUGUUAGCGGGCAUUCUCUUUUCAUAGCAUCUGCCAAAGAUCAUCCUGAAGAAAUUUUACAGGAGCUUCCUGCACCCUUGCUUGAUGAUGUAAUAGAGACCAAUGAAACUAUCAGAGAGACAGAAGACAAUUCGGGGAAUAGCAAUAAUUCUACCACUGCAGCCCAGAAUUCCAUGACGAUAGCAUGGCGGUACCAAAACUUACCAAAAGUACAGACAGCCUUGACAUCCUCCUCAAGAUUUGGCCACUAUUAUAAUGUAUCUAAAACAAUGAGUACCGAGCUCCAACAAUCAGUCAAGUGCCAUGGAUUUUUCCUACCUGAUGAAGUUCCAUUGGAUCUAACAGUGAUGGAAUGUGGUAAUAUGAACUUUGGUUAUGUCAAGCUGCUUAAAUCCAUACAAAGAGUCAUCCGUGAGGAAGGAUUUGAUGGAGUCUGUCCCCAGACUAAGCAGAGGAAUAUCCUGCGGGUAGGAAUCCAUUCGCUUGGCUCACUGUUGUGGGGAGAGGACAUUGGUCUUCAUGAAAAUGCCAAACAUGCUUGCAGUCUGACCAAAUUUCUGUAUGCACUCCGUGGACUUCUCAGAACAUCUCUGUCUGCCUGCAUUAUUACUGUACCGGCAUACCUCAUUCAGAACAAAGCAAUUACAGGUCGUGUGGUAAAAUUGUCAGACACAGUGAUUGGUCUUGAAUCAUUUAAUGUUUCUGAAAGAGAAAGCAAUCCACUCUAUAAGGACUAUCACGGUUUGCUCCAUGUUCGUCAGAUUCCUCGACUUAAUAGUUUAUUCUGUGAAGUGCCUGAUACAAAGGAUCUUGCUUUCAAACUGAAACGAAAAUUGUUCACUAUUGAGAGACUGCAUUUGCCUCCAGACUUGUCAGACACAGUGAGCCGAUCAAGCAAACAGAAUCUGGCAGAAUCAGCCAAACUGCUGAGCACAGGAUGUGGUGGUGCAGCCAGAGGCAAGGAGCACCUGGACUUCUAAUGAUUUUUAUUUAACCAUUUCAUUCUGAAUUCUCAUCAUAUGCAAAGUGUGAUUACAAAUCUUUGGUGUGUAUGUAAAAGCAAUAAAUAUAUUUUCCAGGUAACAAGCAGAAGUGAAUCGUUCAACAAAAAAUAUUUUAAAAGGAUCAUUUAUCUUUCUUACACUAUGAUUUGAUUUUUGUAUUGUGAUUAUAAGUUGACUGUACAAUAAAUUUUGAGCAGUUAAUUCUAUUCACUUAAUAUUUACAGAAAAAAGUCAAAGUUAAACAAUAAAAAUAUUUAUUCCCAGCCCAUGAAUUGAAGAAAAGAUUCAAGGAAGCUAAUUUGCAUUUGGUUGAAUAAUUUUUUACAAGAAUAUACAUUGCUUCUCCCACCAUUUUGAAGAUAUAGAAGUUGUCACCUUUACCUACACAGCAAUGUAAUUCAUUCCACAUGAAUGAGGAUUCUGCGAAAUGUGACAAGGCAUGAAUUAUUCCAAGUUGCCUUUGUGAAAAAAUCUUUAUUAAAUUAAAGUACGUCGUUUAUAAAUGUUUGUUUGUAGCAAUAAAAUGGAACCAUUCUAAGCAUAAACAUAAUUUAUACAUCUUUCUGACUAAUACUACAUCUGAAAAAAAAAAGAAUUCAAAAUAACAAAUUGACUCCUUACUCUAAAAUAACAACCUGAGGCAUUUCACAGGAAUAUUAGACAUAGUUUGGCAUAGAAUCACAUAAGUUCAUAGCAGGUCAAAGCUAGGCCAAACAAGUAGGAUUUUAAAAACAUCUUAUUGAAAAAAAGGGGUCCAGAAGAAUUUCAAAAGGGAGUUUCAGAGCUUUUUCUUUCACCCAGAGGGUGAUAGGGUCUGGAACUCGUUAUCUGAAAGGGUAGUUGAAUCAGAAACUCUUAACAUUUAAGCGAUAGUUAGAUGUUCACUUACAUCGCUAUAUCAUCUGGGGCAAUGGGCCAAGAGCUACAAAAUGAGAUUAAUGUAGUCAGAUCUUUCUUGGCUGGUGCAGAUAUGAUGGUCCGAAUGGUCGUCUUCAGUGCUGUAAAUAACCAAAAGGGAAAACCAGUUAAUAUUUAACAUCUUCUUCAGGAUUCUGAGGCAGUUUGAUAUCAGACUCAAAACAUUAACUCUGUUUCUGUUUCCAGAGAUUCUGCCAGACCUGCUGAGUUUCUGCUGCAUUCUCUGUUUUUAUUUCAGAUUCUAGCAUCUGCAGUAUUUUGCUUUUACGAAUCCAUGAGCUUGGAUCUCAGUAGCUGAAAAGACCUGACUGUCAAUGGUUGAACUGAAAUAAAACCAAGAUUUUGUCAGAGACCAGAUUUGGAGGUGUGCUGGUUCUUCAGAGGGUUGGAAGACUGCAGGCAGUGAUAAACAGAGGGAGAGGUCACUAUUGAUCAGAAACAUAAGUGAGCAAGACAUAAAUGCUGCGGCUGCAAGAUCACUUCAGAAACUGGAUAUUUGGUGUGCUGAAGGAGUUCUGCACUUUUGGAGGUGCUAUUUUUCUGAUGCAAUGUUAAACCAAGGUCCAACCAGUUUGCCUGGGUGAAUAUAGAAGAUCCAAUGUCACUAUUUUGAAGAAAAGUAGGGGAAUUAUCCUGAUGUACCCAUCAACGCUUAUCUCUCAAAUAACUGUAUAAAACAAAAGACUGUUAGGUCAUUUUUCACAUUGCAGUUUUUAAUAUUUUGCUGAGUGCGAAUUGUCUGCCAUCAUUUCAUUGUUACAGCAGUAACAAAUAAAAGUAUUCCUAAAAAUA